GCCGCCGCGGCGGAUUGGAGCGGGAAAGGCGCGGAAUCCGUGAACUGCCUGUGGCUCCGAGGGCGCAGCUCCUGGAUUGACCGGCGGUGUCCUGCCCCAUGGACCCCUCCUCUAGCCCGUGGACUCCAACCCCGGCUCCCGUCAGCGGCCCCUCCCUGCUGCUCCCCAUCCCGGCCAUCGUCGUGCUCUCCGUGGGCAUCUAUCUGUUGCUGUUGGGCCUUGUGCUGCUGACCAGGCACUGCCUGCUGGCCCAGGGCUGCUGCACAGACUGCAGCUCCCCCUGCAGGAAGCAAGGCGCCUCCAGGCCCCAAGACUGUUGUCAGACCUGUGCCGAAGCCUGUGACUUCCCCCUGCCCAGCCCAGCCCGCUACUUGGAUGCCUGCUGCCCCCAGCCCACCGAAGCUGUGAGUUCUCGUCCUGGCUCCUGGCCCCUGAGUCCUCAUCCUGGUAUUCUCAGUGCAUUCAUUUUUUUUUUUUUUCGGUUCAACAAAAUUUAUUACGGAGCACCUAUUCUAGGCCAGGCCUAGUUCCAGGUACUGGGUCAGGUGGAGACAGGCGAAAACAACAUAAACAACCUAUCAGACAUUUUCUGGUAAUGAAAGCUACUUGGAGAAAGAAGAACAGGACAGUAGCUGGAGAAGGGUGACCUAUGUAACAUGCAGGGCAUACUUUGACCUCUGAAAAUGGUAGUUAAAGAAGACAGAGCUCCUUCUGUUCUUGGAGUGAGUACAAUGUUCUAGAUACUGUGUGACUUCAUUAACAACCUCUAGAGUUGGGUAUUUUUAAAACCCUAUGUACAUACGUUUUUUUGAUUACAAAGUAUACAUAUAGAAAUACAUAGAAAGUACAAGUCACUUUUUAUAAGCCAGCCCGCUAACCAAGGUUACUAUGUUUGGUGUAUGUCCCUUAUAUACUAAUACACAUACAGUGUUAUCACUGUUGUAUUUCACUGUUGGUAAAAAUGUAUGCCACAGGGACUUCCUUGGUGGUCCAGAGACUAAGACUGCACUCCCAA